CGAGAGUCAUACCAGCCAUCUGUCAGGUCAUGAGUAUUGUUUGUCAACAGAAGCAUGCAUCUCUAUGCAGACACAGGAUUAUGUUCCUCACGUAGCUCACCUUAAAAUUAUAAGAGCUGGUUCAUUUCCUGAUGGCUCAACUGGUCGCUCCCGAUGUGUACCAGCAGUGUAUUUGCGGUCAUAACGAUGCCUGCAGCUCGUGUAUCUCCAGCCAAUUACAGCACUAGGAAGAAUGGGAAGCAUCCCGCCUUCCAAGAAACCAGGAACAGUUCCAGCUCCGAAUGUCCCUCGUUACAGGAUGUGGAAGAGGAAGAUAAUAAUGUCACGAAAGACGUCUGCACACCCUAUCAGAAAGUGCUGAAAAAACUAAGAAGCGACGAGAAAUGGCAAAAAGAAAUAGCUCUGGGACGACGGAUAGGAUUUUACAAAUUGAAAGAAGAACUGGGAACGGGGAAUUUCUCACAAGUCAAAACUGCCAUUCAUUCCCUAACUAAAGAACGAGUUGCAGUAAAGAUCUUGGACAAAUCAAAGCUAGACAAGAAAACUCAAAGAAUGCUGUCCAGAGAGAUAUCUUCUAUGGAAUCUUUACAUCACCCUAACGUAAUACGAUUGUAUGAAGUUUUAGAAACCUUUUCUAGGAUUUACUUGGUUAUGGAAUAUGCUGGGGGAGGAGAAUUGUUCCACAGGAUUUCCCAAAAUGGACAGUUUACCGAGAAAGCUGCAAAACCUAUCUUUGCACAAAUAACUGCUGCUGUGGAUCACAUGCAUGCUCAUAGCAUUGUCCACCGUGACCUGAAAGCAGAAAAUGUGUUCUUCUCUGGCCCAGAAACAGUCAAAGUGGGAGAUUUUGGUUUCAGCACUCGCAUUCGCGAUUGCCACGAACCUCUGAAGACGUUCUGCGGAUCCCCACCUUACGCAGCUCCAGAACUAUUCCGUGACGAUAGCUAUGCUGGACCAGCUGUGGACGUAUGGGCUCUCGGAGUAUUGCUUUAUUUCAUGCUAACAGCAACUAUGCCGUUUAAAGCUCAGACUGUAGCUGGAUUGAAAAAGCAAAUACUUGAUGGUGAGUUUACCAUCCCGGACUUCCUGAGCACGGAAUGCCAUUUUCUCAUCGUUGGAAUUCUGAAGCAAGACCCAAAACUGAGAACUAGUCUGGAUCAAAUCAAAAGGUCGAAUUGGCUGAAAGGUCAAACUCUUCCUGGACCUUUACCAAAGGAUCGUCUUCAAGUCUCGGAAAUUUGUUCGACGCAAAUAAGUGAGAAAAAUGACUCAAAGUCAUCUUCACAGUCUGAAGAUAAGGAUAAAAAUGGAAAUGUGGAUUGCAUAUCUUCCAGCGUUGCUAAUACUACUGCCUCUUCAACUCCAAGCAAAAGUCCAACUACUACAAACAGGGAAGACAAUACGAACACUCCAUUAUCAACAAUUGAAUUUGGAACCAGGCAGAAGCUUCAUGAUUUAGGUAUCACCAUGGAUAUGUUAAUUGAAGAGGCUGAGUCCAAGGGCUCUCGAAGUAAUGUUCUUGGAAGUUACAGAAUUGUGCUGCAUAAAAUGUUGACACAGUCCGGAUUGACUAUGGAAGAUACUAUUUCGAUGCCCGAGAAUGUACAGUUCCUAAAAGAUGGUGAUAGUCCAAAGAAACUGAAAGUGAUAAAAAAUAAAAAAUCAAAAAUGUGUAUUAUUUUGUAAAUAUAUAUAAUUUGUCAA